AUGGGCUGUAAUUCAUCACGAAUGACAAAUGUACCGAGCUUAUUAACAGCCGAACAGAGUCAUUUUCUUGUCCGAGAUACUUGGACAGAUGUAUGCAAUAAAUAUUACGAAGAAGUUGGCGUCAGUUUUAUGGUUCGAAUUUUUCAAGAUUAUCCUGAAUUAAGAAAACUCUGGAUUUUUGCUGUCAAUCUUGACAAGGAACAAGAAAUUCGAGACAAUUCACAAGUACGCUAUCAUGCUGCAAAAAUCAUGUACAUUCUUAACGAAAUCAUUAACCAUAUCGAGGACUAUGACAAACGACGUCGUAUUCUCGAAGGUCUUGGUCAAAUCCAUUUUAUGUACGAUGUACAACCGGCCUAUUUUCAGGCAGCAAAAUCUUCUUUGGAGCGUGUAUUAAUUUCGAUUCUGGGCAAAAAUUUUACACAUCAUCAUAAACAAGCAUGGACUUAUCUUUUUCAGCAGAUUGUUGUCGAUUUGGGCAGAGGUGUCGAACAACAGACAGCUUUUUCCGGUCGUCUCAAGAAACAAUCCACAAUCACCACCAAAUAUCCAAUGUAA